AUGAGACACACCGCCGCGCCCUACAAUGUACGAGCCGCCCUCCGAGCCGUCUUCAACGAGAUUCACGCCAGCUCUCGACCAGCGACCAGGUUCCCUCAACGGCGGGAGUUCCACGACUACUUCGUGACCCAUCUGCCUUCCUCUUCGCUCACACCCGACAAGACCCAUCCAUCGCAUCAUAAGCUGCCGCGAUCUGCCUCAGAGCCACACAGUGGUCCAUCGAACCGAAGCUCACAGAUACCAAGCAGUAGCAGGGAUACCACGAUCGUCCGAAUCCCGCUCAAAAGCGCGAAGCAUCAUUUUGGGGCUGGCGUUAGCAGAGGAAGUCGUCCGUACAAUGAGGAUACAUACCAGGCCGGGACGGUCGAGAUCCCGGCUUUUGCUCAAAAGCAGCCAGUGAGCAUCAGCCGUAGGCAGACUUACGGCGACCAAAGCCAGGGAUCUACUCGCGAUACUGGAGACCCGCAGGUCUUCUACUUCGGCGUCUUCGAUGGACAUGGCGGGAGUGAGUGCUCUGAGUUCCUGCGUGACAGGUUGCAUGGAUACAUCGAGGAAGCUGCAUUGCUGUUUGGCAUGGAGAGCACACUCAAAGACACGGAUGCUGAAUCCGACGCAGAAGGUGGCAUCAUGGGAGAGCAGGAUGCAGAAGACCUUCAGAAGAGCCUGGUAUCGUCUUGGAAGGAGACUGUGGGAGGUUACUUCAAACGAUUCCGACCCGAGCAUUUCCCCGCCUUGGCCAAUGGCGAUGAACCGGCGACCGACCAUAACAAUUCGAUCGAGACCGUCCUCACUUAUGCGUUUCUUAAAGCCGAUCUGGACUUCACUACCGCUCAGGCAGCCAAACAUAGCAAGGAAGGAGGCGCUGACCACAAGACGCAGAACAAUCCGCAGUCUUCCGUCAACGACCCCGUCAUUGAUGAUAAGCCCAUCAAUGAGAACGACAUGCUGUUUCACCCCGAGCGAGAAGCAUCUCAGAACCUACGUAAAAGGCCAGCAUCUCGUGGAUCGUCGCCAAAUCUCGACUCACCUAUCGGUGGAAGUACACGCUUUAAAGGAGGCUCCACUGCUUCUAUCGCACUGCUCUCCACACCAACGCCAACCCCGUUCUGGCAUCCCAACAGCCCAAGCACACUCGUUGUCGCACACGUGGGCGAUACAAGGAUCUUGCUUUGCCGGACAUCCGAUGGUGGAGCUGUGCCACUCACAGCAAACCAUCACCCAUCGAUGCCGACGGAAACACGACGCCUGCGUAGAUAUGCGGCUUCGUUCGUUACCGACAGCUUCGGCGAGGAGCGCGUACUUGGUUUAGCCAACACGCGAGCCUUUGGCGAUAUCGGCAGCAAACGCAUCGGUGUCUCGGCUGAACCGCAACUCACCACAGUCCAGCUCCAACCAGCUGGCUACUCUUUCAUAGUGCUCGUAUCUGACGGCGUGUCAGGGCACCUUGAGGAUCAAGAGAUUGUCGAUAUCGUAAAGGACGCUCGAACCCCUGACCAAGCUGCGAAGAAUUUGGUCAGCUUUGCGGUGGAGACGGCUGGCGAUGCCGAUAAUGCUACCGCUUUGGUCGUCAGGCUUGGUGGGUGGGAGAGGAGGAGUGAAGGCGGCGGUGGGAGUUUGGGCACGAAGGAGAGGAGGGAUUUCAGGAGGCAAGAGGCGGCUGAUCCUAGGGCUUCGAGGCAGUAG